AUGUUUGCGUUUGUAGCGUUUACCAUUGUUCGUGAGCUGGAGGGCAGAUUCCUGUCCAGCGGUAUGUCGCUUUGGCGCAUGCGGAGGCCACGUGCCUACGUUGGGUUUGCGUUGUACUCGUAGCUUUGUUAGCGUGGCGUGGCGUUCCAGUAGCGUAGCGUUUCUCUUGGUUCUGCCCUAGUUUUGGUUAGCUUGGUUUCCCAGUUCGAGUAGCAUAGCCUUUUCUCGUGGUUCUGUCAAAGUUUUUUCCGGUCGAAGUGGUUUUUCGUUGCCGUUGUUCGUCGUUUUUUUCCUGUUGUGGUUCGUCCUCUGCUGGAGAGUUUUGGGUUGUCCUCUGUAAUGCCGCGCCCAUCUCGCUCGACCAACAACAGCUUAUCGGCGGGCCUUCCUACCGAAGACCCCCUUCCAUCUACGGCAACGUCUGAAAGUCCUGUGUCGAGUACGGCUUCUAGUUCUUGGUCGCCUCAGUUGGCUGACUCCCUCACCGAGGCUGUGGUUCGGGCAAUCGGAAACUCCAUUCCCGCCAUUAUUUCAUCGAUCCAGAGAAACGCCUCCUCGCAGGCUUCUUCUUCGGUUCCAGGCGUUUCUGCUAGCGGGGCUCCACAACCUUUAUUUUCUUCAGCGUCCACUUCGAGUGGGAGUACAAGUGAUGGUGUUUCUUCGGUGGCUUCAGGUACGUUUACCCUUCCCGCGUUUGUUCCUACGUUUACGCCAGUGCCGGCCAUUACCGUCUCGAGCUCGGCCCGCCCCGUGGCUCCUACUCCCUCCACUUUCGUAUCGCCCGGCGUUACUAGCGGUCUUCCAAGCCUUGAGUCUUCGUUGGCAUCUCCCAAGUCUGAGAAGGCUUUUAUCGUUGGUUCGGGGCAUGCCCCUAUUCCCUCAAAACUGGUGUCAAAAAUUGUAGGUGGCCAGUUUGUCGAGUUGGCAGAUUUGUUGUCCGUGAGCCUUCGCGCCGUGGAGCAGGAGCCGCAAACGUUCCUCGAUGGUAAGCUUGUGGUGUCCUCGUCAAAACGCAGGCAAGUGGAAAUAAAAGACAUUUUGACUUGGACGGAAGCCUUUACUAUUUUUCAGAUGGUGCUGUGCGCAGCUCACCCUCAUCGUUGGCCCGAUCUCUCCAAGUAUAAGCUGCUUAUCAUUCAAACGGCUCGUCAUUUUUCUAGUUCAGCCUGGUUAGAGUAUGACCUGGCGUUCAGAAAGGAUGCGGCUGCCUCUGGCCUCAGUGACUGGUCAAGGAUGAACUUAGACCUAUACAACUUUCACUUAAGGUCUCCAGCCAUGGCCUCACCCCCGCCACCUCGGUCGUCUUCUUCCACGGCAUCAGCUCCACUUCCUGCCGCCUCCCGUGACACCAGCCUGGUCCCUCCUUUUUGCCAUUCAUGGAAUGACGGGCAGUGCCGCUGGCCCUUUGGUAGGUGCAAAUAUCGACACCGCUGCAGUAACUGUGAGGGUGAACACACCCAGAUCAAUUGUCCAUUUCCCAACUCCUCUGGCGCACGAUCCCGAUCUCCCCAACCCGGGGGGAGAGGGGGACGGUACUGA